AUGGCCAAUUUCACCAUGGUAACUGAAUUUCUCCUCCUCAGUUCUCCCGAUGGCUGGAAUAUGAGUUUCCUCUAUUUCACAGUAUACCCACUGAUGUAUGUAGGUGCCUUGUUAGGGAAUCUUCUCAUCAUCACUAUCACCACUGCUGACCAUACCCUGCACACACCCAUGUACUUCUUCCUCAGGAACCUGUCCAUCUUGGACAUGUGCUUCGUUUCCAUCACUGUACCCAACACCUGUGUCAACUAUCUCACUGGCAACAGGGUCAUUUCAGUGGCUGGCUGUGCAAGCCAGAUUUUCUUGGUCAUUUUUUGUGCAUAUGUAGAGAUUAUGUUUCUCUCCAUCAUGGCCUGGGACCGCUAUGUGGCCAUCUGCCAGCCCCUCCAGUACCCCAUCAUCAUGAACCCUCAGUUUUGUGUCCGCAUGACCCUGUCUUCCCUGCUCAGUGGCCUGAUGUAUGCAGGUGUGCACACUGGGAACACCUUCCGGCUGUCCUUCUGCCAGUCAAAUGUGGUCCAUCAGUUCUUCUGUGAUGUCCCCUCUCUACUGAGGCUCUCCUGCUCUGACAUCACCAGCAACAUGGUCCUUCUAUUUGUCUCUACUAUAAUAGUUGGUGGUGGUUCCUUUGGUAUAAUAAUCAUGUCAUAUAUUCACAUAUUUUCAACUGUGCUGAAAGUUCCCAACAAAGCCCCAGGCAAAGCCUUCUCCACCUGCAUCCCUCACAUCCUCGUGGUGUCCAUCUUCCUCAGUUCCAGCAUAGGUGUGUACCUCAGGCCUUCAGCAAACUCUGAUACACUCCAGCACAUGCUUCUCUCUGCUGUUUACACCAUGGUUCCUCCCUUUUUGAAUCCUCUCAUCUACAGUCUCAGGAACAAACAGGUAAAGGAUGCUGUGAGGAGAGUAAUACAAAGACAGUUGUUCUCUAGGAAAUGA